GCCUUUUCCAGAGGUUCCUGAAAGUUAGCACUAUGACUGAUGGAGACUAUGAUUACCUGAUCAAACUCCUGGCCCUCGGGGACUCUGGGGUUGGAAAAACGACAUUCCUGUACAGAUACACCGAUAACAAGUUUAAUCCAAAAUUCAUCACGACGGUAGGCAUAGAUUUCCGGGAAAAACGAGUGGUGUACAGCACGAGGAGCCCAAACGGAUCCCCAGGGAAGGCCUUCAAGGUGCAUCUGCAGCUGUGGGACACUGCUGGGCAGGAAAGGUUUCGGAGCCUUACCACAGCGUUCUUCAGAGACGCCAUGGGCUUUCUGCUCAUGUUUGAUCUCACCAGUCAACAGAGCUUCUUAAAUGUCAGAAAUUGGAUGAGUCAGCUGCAAGCCAACGCAUACUGCGAGAAUCCCGAUAUCGUGUUGAUCGGGAAUAAGGCUGAUCUGUCAGACCAGAGGGAGGUGAACGAAAGGCAAGCGAAAGACCUGGCGGACAAAUACGGCAUCCCGUACCUGGAGACGAGCGCGGCGACGGGGCAGGCGGUGGAGCAGGCCGUGGGCGCCCUGCUYGACCUGGUCAUGAAGCGCAUGGAGCAGUGCGUGGACAAGGCGCCGGGCGCCGCCAACGGCGCGGGCACGGCCGGCCCGGAGCCGCCGGCGCCGCGCGGCGCCCGCUGCGCCUGCUAG